AUGAAACUAUUUGACUCAAUUUGCAACAACAGUUGGUUCAUUGAAACCAGUAUGCUGCUUUUCUUGAACAAACGAGAUCUGUUUAUGGAAAAGAUCAAGGAAUAUCCGCUAACAAUAUGUUUUCCAGAGUAUAAAGGUGCUAACACUUACGAGGAGGCUGGUUUGUACAUUCAACUCAAAUUUGAAGCGCUAAAUAGACGUCAAGCAACUAAAGAAAUUUACACGCAUUUCACCUGUGCUACAGAUACCACAAACAUUCAAUUUGUGUUCGAGUCGGUCACGGAUGUGAUUAUUCGGAACAAUUUACGAUGGUGUGGAUUGUUGUGA